AUGCCCAACAUACAACAUAAGCCCAGACCUCCAAUAGUUACUAUGCAAGCGACCCAACCAACAUCUGGGAGUAAGAUCUCAGCUGCAAAACGACCAUUACCAACGGAAUCUACUAAGUUUAUUAUCGGAUCUGGUAAUCAAAAACCCACGAAGAUUUCUGCCGCACCUAUCCGUAAACACUCGGAUAUAUUCGUCUCAAGACUAGAUCCGCAUGUUACCACUGAGAUGCUUAAAACUGAACUGUUCCCUACAUUGGAUGACAUCACUAUCACGCAACUUACGACCAAACACCCUACAUACGCCUCCUUCCAUAUCCAAUUGCCACUUCAAAACCUAAAUGAAGUACUGGAACCUUCAUUUUGGCCUGAAGGUGUCAUUGUGAAGCGCUUCUGGGGACGUUUGCAACCAGGUAUGUCGCUGAACUCAGCUCCAAAAAACUUAUAG